GCGGCGGCAGCGGCAGCAAUGGCGGCGCGAGCGGCGGGCGGGAGGAACCGCGGCGGCGUCCAGCGCGUCGAAGGGAAGCUCCGCGCCAGUGUGGAGAAGGGGGAUUAUUACGAGGCGCACCAAAUGUACCGGACGCUCUUCUUCAGGUACAUGUCCCAAGGCAAACACGUGGAAGCCAGAGAACUAAUGUAUUCCGGGGCACUGCUGUUCUUCAGUCACAAUCAGCAAAACAGUGCCGCUGAUCUGUCCAUGCUAGUCUUAGAGUCGCUGGAGAAAUCAGAUGCGAAAGUGACCGAUGAGCUGUUAGAAAACCUGGCUAAAGUGUUCAGCCUGAUGGACCCCAACUCACCCGAAAGGGUCGCUUUCGUGUCCAGGGCCCUGAAGUGGUCCAGCGGAGGGUCAGGGAAACUGGGGCAUCCAAAAUUACAUCAGCUACUCGCCAUCACGUUGUGGAAAGAGCAAAACUACUGCGAAUCCCGGUAUCACUUCUUGCACUCCACGGACGGAGAAGGAUGCGCGAACAUGCUGGUGGAAUAUUCCUCUUCCCGCGGGUACCGCAGCGAGGCGGACAUGUUUGUCGCUCAGGCGGUCUUACAAUUUCUCUGCUUGAAAAACAAAACCAGCGCGCUAGUGGUUUUCACGACCUACACCCAGAAGCACCCUUCCAUAGAAAGGGGGCCCCCUUUUGUCCAGCCCCUGCUGAACUUCAUUUGGUUUCUGCUGCUGGCAGUGGACGGAGGAAAGCUAACGGUGUUUACAGUAUUGUGUGAACAGUAUCAGCCUUCGCUGAAGAGGGAUCCCAUGUAUAAUGAAUACCUAGACAGAAUAGGACAGCUCUUCUUCGGCGUACCCCCCAAACAAACGUCAUCCUACGGAGGAUUGCUAGGCAAUCUUUUAAACAGCCUGAUGGUAGCCGGAGAGGAGGAGGACACGGAAGACGGGCAGGAGGACAGCAGCCCCAUCGAGCUCGAUUGAUGUCUUCCAGAGCUGCCGGGAAUCUCGA